AUGUCUAAAAAUCUGAAUAUGGAUAUCUCUCAACUCAUCGCCUCCAUCAACUCCCUCACUACUUCCGGUGAUAUUGGGGCCGUAAAUGAACAACAACGGAACCAACUUUCCCAAGCAUGCGAUAAGCUAAGAAAGCUAUGUGAAACACCUUUAGAGAAAACUUUGAAGCUCCUUUUUACUGGCCACCAAGCAAUGGCACUCCGUCUCGGCAUCGACCUCAAACUCUUCGAUGCAAUCGCCAUUCGGUCUACUGAAAAUAAAGAUGGUUUGGUCAGUAUGGAGCAGCUUGCAGUGGAUGUUAAGGCAGACCCAAAACUAGUUAGCCGAAUCAUGAAGUUUCUAGCAGCGAUGGAUAUUCUGAAACAGCACACUCCAGAUACUUUCAGCUCUACACCAUUUGCCGUGGCUUAUGUUUCUGCAUCGCCUCUACCUGCUGCUGUGAUUCACUUCACUCACUUCUUUACCUUUAUUUCUCGACUCCCCGAAUACUUCGAGCAAAGGGGAUGGGUUAACCCUGGUGAAAUUGAUGAGACCCCCUUUAAUCUCGCCACUGGUACCAAGUCACGCUAUUUUGAUUAUCUUUCUUCGAAGCCAUAUUACCAGGAAGCCUUCAACACAGUGAUGGCAUCAUCUUACCGUCGCGUGGAGAAAAGCUGGCUCGAAUUCUUUCCCGUGGAAGAGAAGCUAAGAAUACAAGACCCCUCCGAAGUCCUUCUUGUGGAUGUUGGUGGUUGUCAAGGCAAAGACCUCCAAGCCUUUCGCGAAAGAUUCCCAACUUUACCAGGAAGACUCAUUCUCCAGGACCUACCACACGUCAUUGAAACUGAGAUUAUACCCACUGGUAUUGAAAGUCAGGGACAUAAUUUCUUCGAUGAACAGCCUGUUAAGAAUGCGAAAGCAUACUACCUCCGCAAUGUUCUUCACGAUUGGCCAGAUAAGCAAGUUGUGGAGAUUUUGACGAGGUUGCGUGAUGCAAUGGGACCAGAGUCUUUACUUUUAAUCGAGGAGAAGGCUAUGCAGGAGGUCAAUGUGCCAUUGAUGGCUGCUAUUGGAGAUAUGAGUAUGAUGGUUUCCUUUGCAGCAGCAGAGCGGACCAUGAACGAGUAUGAGGCCCUUCUUAAUCAAGCUGGGUUGAGACUCGUUGGUUUUUGGAAACCUGAGGAUUCGUCUCCAAUGCAGCCUACUAUUUUUGAAGCUAGUGUUCGGUGGUGA